AUGGUGUCUCCUCAAGUUACCAACCUGGCCAUCAUCGUGGUGAUGAUGCAGCUGGCGAAGAAGGUUCCCUUCGAGGACCCCGAUGUCCUUAUGCUGGUCCGUGGCAUGUACAUCCUGUCCAACGUGAUCAUUCUGGGAGUGUAUCUGUACACUCAGUCGAAGAUCAACAAAAAGAAUGAUCUGACUACCCUGAAAUACGUGGAGCCUUCUCCUAUGGGUAGCGGCGAGGAGCCCAAGCCGGUCACCACUACCAACAUGGAGUACGACAAGGGACAGCUGCGCCAGCUGAUGAGGAGCCAGCUGAUGGGCGUGGGUAUGAUGGGUGUGAUGCACCUUUACUUCAAGUACACCAACCCUCUCCUGAUCCAGUCCAUCAUCCCCCUCAAGGGUGCCUUCGAGUCGAACCUGGUCAAGAUCCACGUCUUCGGCAAGCCUGCCACCGGUGACCUCCAGCGCCCCUUCAAGGCCAACAACAGCUUCCUGAACCAGGGCCAGAUCAAGAGCGACAAGGCCUCCGUUGAGAACGCGGAGAAGAACUGGAGGGGUGGUGUCAAGGAGGAGUAA